AUGUACGAAAACUCGAGCAGUUGCUCCUUCGGACAGGUUGAUCUGACCACCAAACACUCCGGAAAUGGGAGGGGAUUGACCACUCUGCAUUCGUGUAGCCCGCCAUUGGGCCUACCACCUCUAUGCUCGGAGGAUCAAGGUGUUCAGGUGAAAAUCGAGGACUGCAGCCAUCCUCCCGAGUGGACCGGCUGCACCUAUCGCUUUUCGGCGGGUCAGCACUCCACCACCUCCAACGCUAUGAUCUCUAGCCGCAGAUACGACCAUCAACAGACGUCGACCAAGUCCAACCCCGUAACCGAUUCGUGCAAAUCGGACGUUCUUAACCCCGCACUCACAUUUAGAAACAGAUACUUCGGCCCCAGCGCAUUCAGUAACGUCACUGGUGCUGCUCACCUUAUAUCGGGGCCUUACGUCGGAGAUAUUACAAAGACUUCGGACAGUCUCUCUCUGGUUUCCAACCUCGGUGGACAUUCCGACACCCGUUCUCCAUCCAAUAAUAGACAGAUUGAAGACCAGUCGGUGGCCCAAAAGGUCAGAGUUCAUCCAGACAAACGCGUCGUCGUCCCCGCAGAUCCAUUGCUAUGGAAUCCGGAUCAUGUCAAACAAUGGUUAGAAUGGGCAGUUAAGGAAUAUAGUCUUCACGAUGUGGACAUCAAUCGGUUUAAUUUUGUGGGUCGAGAGUUGUGCCAGCUCAAUAGGGAAGAUUUCAGUCGAUUGACUAAUCCUUACAACGGUGAAGUGCUCUUCGCUCAUCUCAACUUUCUUAGACAGUCUUCGGAAACGACUUUGCCUCCAUCUAGAGACAAACCAUUGCCGUCUGCUCAAACUUCAUCCCCUUCUCCUUCGUCUGGAGUAGCUGGGAAACCAUACCCGCUAGCGACGGCGGACACGCAUCCUCUGCGCCUGACCAAAACAGAACGUAAAUUAGGUAAAAAUCCCUGUAGAAAAUCCAAGUUCUGUUGUAGAUUCGAGAGCAUCGAUCAUCAUCCUGGAUGCUCUUACGUGUUAACAGAGAUCGAAACAGAUCUUUAUUCAUCAUCCGGCCAACAUCCCAAUCUUCUUCCGCUUUCCACUCGUCACGCCGUCGACGGCAGCGGGAAUCUCCGCCGAAAUGUCGUGUUGAAGCUUAGAAUCGAGCCCCAGGCCGAAACGACCCCCGAAUUAAAUGCCGCUAUUGGGCGGCCCCUAGCGGAAUUUGGGCACAGGACAGCUUGGUUGCCCGUCACCGUGGCUCGAGACUGUCCCCACCAACUCCCGUGCAGAUACGGGACUGCCGACGUCUACAGGCUUUGGAUGCAAGGCGGGAAGGCUGCCGACUUUUCGCCUUACAACAACGGAUCUCCCGUCGCCAAUUUGCCCAUGCUCUUCACCGAGCCAUCUUACAAAGGAGCUUGGGGAUCUCCAUCUCCUAGCCAGACACAAGAUCCGUAUCAGAUGUUCGGUCCGACUAGCAGCAGAUUGGCCAGCUCAGGCAGCGGCCAGAUUCAGUUAUGGCAGUUCCUGUUGGAGCUACUGUCGGACAGCAGUAACGCUAACUGCAUCACGUGGGAGGGUACAAACGGAGAAUUUAAGCUAACGGAUCCGGACGAGGUGGCCCGGAGAUGGGGCGAAAGGAAGAGCAAGCCAAACAUGAACUAUGACAAAUUGAGCCGAGCCCUCAGGUAUUAUUACGACAAGAACAUCAUGACUAAAGUUCACGGUAAGAGGUACGCCUACAAGUUCGAUUUCCAAGGACUGGCACAGGCCACACAACCCGCAACGGCCGAUCCCACGGCGUACAAGUACCAGUCCGACCUGUUCAUGUCCAGCUACCACCACAGCCCCAAAUUGAACUUUGCAGUAGGGGCCCACGCGGGCAUCCCCUCCACCACGGGAAGCAUCUUUCCCUCACCCACUUCGUAUUGGACAAAUCCCAGUGCCAACCUGUACUCCAACAUUGCGGCGGCUUCCAGUCACACCAUGCCACACCACCCCGGUCACGUGACGUCGCACAUCGGUUCUUAUCCCCAUUACGCAUGACCGGAAGCCGUAACUGGACCGUUGUUUUGAAAGAAAGUGCCCUGGACAACACGUUACACACGCAGAACUUCCUCUUCCUUCCCCCGUCCUGCAUCUUCGAUUCAGUUUUAAUUAAAAUCGACGUUCGUUCGUGAAUAUUUAUGGUUCGCUAAUUGGAGAAUGGAGAAGGCUUUCGUUGCAAGAUGAUUCGCCAUUUUUUCUGUUGUUUAUGUGCUUUAAGAUGCAGUCGUUUGUACAGGAAUUUCUUCGUAGAAAUGAUGCGAAUGAUCACCAUCUUCCGUCUCGGAUGAUGCAAAUAGGAAUCGGCAUCUUUCUGGGAGUCUUGAAUCGUUGGUAGGAACGUCAGAAAUAACACAAUUAGAACUUUCUCUGUAAAGAUGCUGCGAAUGGUCGACAUCCUCCGCAUCUCCGGAAAGAGAUUAUAGAGACCUGAGACGAUCCACGUCUUCUAGAAAACCUUCCCGAGAGUGUACAGGACACCAGAAUCAGAAUAAUGAAGAACUUUCUCUACGGAAACGCUUCUGGAUGACUCUACAUCCUCUUGAAUGACUUUUCGAGAUUCCAGAAGGCCUCUAUAGGACUAUCAGAGCCAGAAUAUCUCUCGACGACUGCAUCUUCGCCUCCAAAAAAAUGAAUAAUUUUACAUCUGGAACGCGAUUAUUUGUUUAAAAAAUAGUUGAGAAUCUGUCGAAACGCCUCCAAAAAAUUUCUUUUUUGUGUUGCGGUCAGAAAAAAAAAUAAUAAUAAUAAUUGCACUUCCAGAAUGUACUUUCGUGACAUCACAUGUACACAUACAUAGAUAUAAUCUGUAAAUA